AUGGAAAACGCCAACGGAUUUGGGAUCGACUCCCUCCUCUCCCAUCGAUCCGGGAGCCCAGCUGCACCCAAAGGAGACCCGCCGCUCCUGGGAGACACCAGAUCCUCUCUGGAACUUAGCCCUCGCUCGGAACUCAGCAGCGGCUGCCUGUCUCCCCCGUCCCCCCGGAGGGAUUGUUUGGAAGCGGCAGCUCAGUUACCCGGCGGCUGCGGAGGCGGAGGAGGGGUGGUGAGGCUGGAGCCUCACCUGCCGGGCCCCCCCAUUUCAGCCGCCUCGGCUCAAUCGAGAACGGUGACCUCCUCCUUCCUCAUCAGGGACAUUUUGGCCGAUUGCAAACCCUUGGCGGCCUGCGCCCCUUAUUCCAGCAGCCACGGGCAGGGCGCGCAGGAAGCGCCGGCCCCCAUUCCCGCCAAGGCCGGCGGCGAGGACUUUCGGGAGAAAAUCGAAAAAACUAGCAGCAAUUCUUCCUUGGAUUCAGAAUACAAAGUGAAGGAAGAAGGCGACCGGGAGAUCUCCAGCUCCCGAGAAAGUCCUCCGGUGCGGCUGAAGAAACCGCGCAAGGCGCGCACCGCGUUCACCGAUCACCAGCUGGCGCAGCUGGAGCGCAGCUUCGAGAGACAGAAAUAUCUCAGCGUCCAGGACAGGAUGGAGCUGGCCGCUUCGCUCAACCUUACCGACACCCAAGUGAAAACGUGGUACCAGAACAGAAGAGUCUCAACAUCUUUCCGGGAUCGCAGUGACCAGAAGUGGAUGCAACAUUCCGAGCGUGGCCUCUCAUGCGACUGACGACAUGCGCUUACAAAAUGCAUUUCUUUUUUUUUAAAUGCACGAAACGUAUUUCUUUUGAAAGUGAAAAAAAGCAUUUGG